GUGAUGGAGAAAGGGAGAAGGGAGGGGAAGACUUAGGAAUAGGAGGAGAGGCUGUCAUCUAAAAGGAAAAAAACCCACACGCUGAAGAGUGUGUAAGAUAGUUGGCUAGAGGCUGCUCUGGAUAGAAAGCAUUUGCAUUUCACAACUUGAGAGAGAAGCUUUCCUGGAUCUGGUACUGGAUGAGAUACCGAACAGUCUGUGGACAGAUCCAUAGGAGUCGGUAUAAGCAGACGCAAACCUGCUAUAGUUGGACACUGCAUACUGGAAAUCCAACACCUCUACACACUUCUGUCAAGUAGAUUCGCUCAUAGAGGAGUUCUUCUGUUAUCCUAAAGAGGAACACAGGUCACAGUGCUUGGGAAGCGAGAAAGGAUCACAGCAUGGGAGCUGGGACUUCUACAGAGCAGGUUGCAGACAAGCCCACGGAAGAACAAGUGGAGCAAUGCGUUGACCUGGGGCAAGAACAGGAACAAGAGGGGGAAGAGGUGGAAGUGAAUGCAGCAGGUGAUGCCAAGUUGCUUCACACAAAUGGAAAAAUAGCCAUACUCAAUGGUGCCACUGAUGGAGAAGAAUUGGUAGAACAAUUGGUAGAAGGACUUCAGGCCUCGGAUGUGAAUGGACACGGAAUAGAAGAAAUAAUGGCAGUUGUUAAAGAAGUUGAACAACAAGAUCCAACAAGUGUAACCUUGAACGAGGAGCCAGCGGAAAACAUGGGGGUUGUACAAAAUGAUACCACUACAAAGGAAACUGCAAAGGAAGAUGAGCAAGUAGAGACACCAGAGGCCAAUGAUAUAACACCAGAGACAGAAGAGAAAGCAGAAUCUCCAGAUCAAGCCAACGAAAACCAAACCAAUGAAGUUGGGUUCAAAAAAGUCUUUAAAUUUGUGGGCUUUAAAUUCACUGUGAAAAAGGACAAAACUGAGAAAUGUGAACCGGUACAACUCCUAACUGUGAAAAAAGAUGAAGCUGAAUUAAACGGCAUAGACAAUCAUGAGGAAGAUAUUGAUACUGCCGAUGAAGUAAAGACCGAAAUCCAGCAGGAGACCAAAGACAGUGGACAGCCUACUGAGAGUCCAGAUAAGCCAGAACAGGCUGCUGAAAGUGCAAAGGAAACCCCUGAAGAAGAUCAGAAGAAAGUAGAAGAAAGUGAGGUGGAAAAAGAUAAAACAUCCCCAGAGUCUCCGACAAAUCCUAUUAUCACUGAAACCUCUUCUCCAUUUAAGAGAUUUUUUACACAAGGAUGGGCAGGGCUAAGGAAGAAGACAAGCUUUAAGAAGUCAAAGGAGGAAGACCCACAGGAAGUUGAGAAACAGCUCAAAGCCAUGGAGCAGGAAAAGGCUGAGGUCCCCGAGACUGUAAAAGAGGAGAACACAACUGAAGCACAACCAGCAGAAGUUAAUUCUGUGCCACAGGAAAUAAGUAAAUCUUCAAGUGAAGAUUCAAAGGUCUCUAAUGAGGAAAAGAAUGAAGCUACAGCUGAAGAAAUGCCAAAACAAGAGGAACCCUCAAUUUCUAUUGAAGCAGAAUCCAAAUUAGAAGAGGCGGCAAAAGUAGAGGUGGAGGCUGCCCCAGUAGCAGAAAUUACAGAACAGAAACCUGAAAUAGCAACGUCAGUACCAGCAGCUGCUGCAUUACCACCUGAGGUUAAAACAGAAGCUGAUACCAUUGAAAACAAUGUUGAAACUCAGAUAACUGAUGGAACUGUUGCUGCUAGCUCACCAGAAGGAAUAAGGGAAGGCCUGCAAGAAACAUCUGUGUCUGGAGCUCUGGAUAAUGAUCAGCCACAGUUGACUUCAAGUACUGAAUGUGGAGAGCUGGAAAAAAGUCAAGACGCAGUCACCACAGAAGCUGAACUGCUGUCUUCACAAGAGAAAGCAAAAAUUCAAGGCAGUCCAUUAAAAAAACUUUUUAGCAGCUCUGGGUUAAGGAAACUGUCUGGGAAGAAAUCUAAAAGUAAGAAAGAAGAUGAUAGCAAGGUAGAAGUUACAACAGAAGCUGUUUCAUCUGAGUCCCCAGAGGCUCCAGAAGUAGACGGUGGAGAUAGCUCUCCGUCCUCUCCAGAUGAGUCGGCAGAGGCAUCUCCCACAGAAAAACCAACAGAGGACAUACAGGCUGCAGAAGCAGAGGGAGAAGGAACAACAUCUGAUGGUGAAAGAAAAAAAGAUGGAAUUACACCAUGGGCUUCAUUUAAGAAACUUGUCACACCAAAAAGACGCCCAAAACGACUAUCUGAAAGUGAUAAGGAGGAUGAGGUUGAAAAGGCAAAAUCUUCAACUAUGUCUUCUACGGAUAGUGCUGGUACUGUUGAAAAUCAGGAAGAACCUAAAGAUGUCACUGAAGAGCAAAAACUUGAAAAAAGCACAGAUGAAAGUAAGAAGAAAGUUGACAACUCUGUGUCAUGGGAAGCUUUAAUAUGUGUUGGUUCUUCUAAGAAAAGAGCAAGAAAGGCUUCUGAUUCAGAUGAAGAUGAAGGAGUAAAAUCUCAAGAUGAGGCAAAGAAGACUGAAGAAGUUGUGCCACCUAAAGAGACUGAUGACGAAAGCCCUAUUACAAGUUCACAAGAACAGCCGAUCCAAGAAAGUACAUCACCAGAUCAAGCUGGCAGUCCUACAGAAGGAUCUACCUGGCAGUCUUUUAAAAGGCUUGUGACUCCUAGACGCAAGUCAAGAACAAGAGUAGAAGAGAAAACUGAUGAAACUGUAACACCCGCCAGCGCAGAACAGUCAACUUCAGAGGGUGAAGCUGGCAAAGAAGAAACUUGGGUUUCUUUCAAGAAACUGAUUCCAGGGCGAAAGAAGAAAAAAUCUGAUGGCAAACAAGAGCAUGCUCCUACUACUGAAGCUGGCCAGCCAUUAAAUGAAGCUGCGGAAGACGAUUCUGAUGAACCUGCUGUAGUCCCUUUAGCAGAGUUUGAUGCUGCAGAGCAAGAGAAGCUUGAUGCUCAAAAAUCGCUUGAAGUUGUUCAACCAACUGUUUUAGGAGAACAAGAAGGAUCUGUAGAAAAAUCUACAGAAGAGCUUAUUCAUGCUGUGACAGUUACUGUAAUAGAAGGAGAGAGAGCCAUAACCAGUCUUGAUGAAAGGUCUCCAUCCUGGAUCAGUGCAACUGUUUCUGAGACUAUCGAGCAUGCAAAAGAAACUGAAGAAGCCACUGAAAUAAUAAAACCAGGGGUCAAUGUGGAAGAAACUGUGGUGCUUAGUACAGUCUGCCAAGUUAUGAAAGAAAUGCCAACCACAAUGAUCAAUGAGAUGGAGUUAACAUCUGAAGCUUUGACCGCUCUUGAGGAAGCAAUAGAGAAUUCAUGCACUGAAGAGACAACUGAAAUGAUAUCUGCCGUCUCACAAUUAGGCGAGUCAACUGAAGAUGCUACACCUGUGCCAGAGGAAGAUGCAAGCCAGAAGACUUUAGAAGACCAAAAGAAACAGACUGAAAGUAUACUACAUAAAGUGGCAGAAAAGGCAAAACUAACACUUGAUUCUGUACAACUGCAAGCAUCUGCUCCUCUUUGUAUGGAGGAACAAACAAAUUUAACUCCUGAUUGCUUAGAAGGUCAAGAUGAUGAAUUUACCAUAGUAAGUGCUGAAGAAACGGUCGAACAAGUAUGUGUUUCUGUCAUUGAGAAAACAAAAGAAAGUGUCAUUACUUCUGAAACAGUGCAGAAUGAGGUUGAUGCCCCACUUGCCACUUUAGAAAAAACUGUUGAAACUGUUAUUGUUUGUGCUAGUACUUUACCUUCAAAAGAAGAGGCUGGUGAAUCUGUCUUGGUAAAUGAUGAAAAAAAUGAGGAAAAUCUUACAAUUUUAUCUGAAGAUCAAGUGGUACAAGAAACUCCAAUUUGCAAUGAAGCUAAAAAUGCGACUCUCGAGACAGUGGAGAAAUGUGAAGAUGCUUCAGAUUCCAUUGUCAUCGAGUCUGUGGUUCAAGAAAAUAUUGCUAUGGAAACUGUGUAUGCUAAUGAUAACUUACCUUCAGUGGAAGAUGUAAAGACAAAUGAAGAUAAAGCAAGUUCAACUGAGAUAAAAGAAACUGCCCCUGCCUUAGAUGAGGUGCAGAUUGAAGAUAGUCUACCCGCAUCAUCUGUGUUGCAGACUAAAGAAAGUGCAUUAGCUAAUGUUCCUGUGUCAAGUGAAGUACAGUCUGAAGAUGUUGCACCUGUAUCAAGUGAAAUACAACCUGAAGAUGUACCAGUAGCAAGUGACAUAAAACUUGAAGAUGUAAUACCCAUUUCUAGUGAAAUUCUGCCUGAAAUAUCUGUACCUGAAUCAGGUGAAAUCCAGGCAGAAAAAGUUGUACCAGUGUCAAGUGUACAGGGAGAAGUAAUAUCUGAAUCAAGUGAAAUACAAUCAAAAGAAACCAUACCUGUAUCAAGCAAACUUCAAUCUGAAGAAGUUGUAUCAAGUGAAGUGCGGCCUGAAGAAGUUGUACCCAUAUCAAGUAUAAUAAAGCCUGAAAUAUCUGUGCAUAGAUCAAGUGAGGUUCAGGCUGAAGAAGUUGUAUCGGUUUCAGGCAAAGCAGAGAAACCUAAAGAAGCUGUACCUGUACCAAGUGAGAAGCAACCUAAAGAAGCUGUACCUGUACCAAGUGAGGAGAAACCUAAAGAAGCUGUACCUGUACCAAGUGAGAAGCAACCUAAAGAAGCUAUACCUGUACCAAGUGAGGAGAAACCUAAAGAAGCUGUACCUGUACUAAGUGAGAAGCAACCUAAAGAAGCUGUACCUGUACCAAGGGAGGAGCAACCUAAAGAAGCUGUACAAAGUGAGAAGCAACCUAAAGAAGCUAUACCUGUACCAAGUGAGGAGAAACCUAAAGAAGCUGUACCUGUACUAAGUGAGAAGCAACCUAAAGAAGCUGUACCUGUACCAAGGGAGGAGCAACCUAAAGAAGCUAUACCAAGUGAGAAGCAACCUAAAGAAGCUGUACCUGUACCAAGUGAGAAGCAACCUAAAGAAGCUAUACCUGUACCAAGUGAGGAGAAACCUAAAGAAGCUGUACCUGUACAAAUUGAGGAGCAACCUAAAAAAGCUGUACCCAUAUCAACUGAGGAACAACCUAAAGAAGCUGUACCUGUAUUAAGGGAGGAGCAACCCAAAGAAGCUAUACCUGUAUCAAGUGAGGAGCAACCCAAAGAAGCUGUACCUGUAUCAAGCGAGGAGCAACCCAAAGAAGCUGUACCUGUAUCAAAUGAGGAGCAACCUAAAGAAGCUGUACCUGUAUCAAGUGAGAAGCAACCUAAAGAAGCUGUACCUGUAUCAGGUGAGGAGCAACCUAAAGAAGCUGUACCUGUAUCAAGUGACGAGCAACCUAAAGAAACUGUACCUGCACAAAGUGUCGAGCAACCUAAAGAAACUGUACCUGGACAAAGUGACGAGCAAUCUAAAGAAGCUAUACCUGUAUCGAGUGAGGAGCAACCUAAAGAAGCUGUACCUGUAUCAUGUGAGGAGCAACCUAAAGAAGCUGUACCUGUAUCAAGUGAGGAGCAACCUAAAGAAGCUGUACCAAGUGAGGAGCAACCUAAGGAAGCUGUACCUGUAUCAAAUGAGGAGCAACCUAAGGAAGCUGUACCCGUAUCAAGUGAGGAGCAACCUAAAGAAACUGUACCUGGACCAAGUGAGGAGCAACCUAAAGGAGCUGUACCUGUAUCAAGUGAGGAGCAACCUAAAGAAGCUGUACCCGUAUCUAGUGAGGCAAAACCUAAAGAAACUGUACCAAGUGAGGAGCAAACUAAAGAAGCUGUACCUGAAUCAAGUGAGGGACAGUCUGAAGAGAUCGCAUCUGAAUCAAAUGAGGUGAAACGAGAAGAAUGUGUCUCCCUGUCAAAUGAAGUCCAGGCUGAAGGGAGUUUAAGUGCAUUAAAGGAAUUGCAGCCUGAAGUUGGAUCUUUGUCAAGUGAGGUAAAGAAUACAGAACUUCAUGUUUCAGAAGUGCAGAGUACUGAAGAAGUUAUUCCUGUGUACACUGAUAUUGAAGAUAAAAGUGGAGUGUCAAAGGAGGUGAAGACUGAGGAAACCCUUCCUAGAAAGUCAGAAUGUGCUCCUUUAUUAGUUGAGGUGCAACCUGAAGGUGUGAAUGUACUGGUUAAGGAACAUGCUGAAGAGACGGUCUCUUUAUUGGAUGAUAAACAAGUUAUCCCUGUGCCAGCAGAGGCGCAGGCUGAAAAGAGUGUUCCUGUGACAGAUGAGGUACAGGUUGAAGUUGGUGCCAGUGUGUUAGCUGAAAUCAAGGUUGAAGAAAGUGCCCCUGUGUUAGCUGAGGUCGACUGUGAAAAAACUGCCCUUGAAACAGCUGGGCUGAAGGUUGAGGAAAGUGCCCCAGUAUCAGUUGAGGUACAAGCUGAUGAUGUGCAAGCUGAUAAAGCCAUAGAUCUAUCUGCUGAAGUGGAGCCUGUAGAAAUUUCCAUUGCGAUAGCUGUGGUUCAAAUUGAUGACAGCACCCCUGUAUCGAAUGAUCAAACUGAAGGCACCCAUAGACCAUCUGAAGAGGGUUCCCUAUUGUCAGGUGAAUUGCAGACCGAAGAAAGUUCCCCCAGGUCAGUGCAGGAAGAAAGUAUUCUACAUUCAGAUGAGGUCCAGUCUAUAGAAGUCCCCCCUGUGGGUCUAGCUGAAGAAAUUGUGCAAGUUCAUCCUGAACAAAAAGCUCCUGUAGUGGUUGAACAAAUAUGUGAUGUACAGUCUGAUGUCUCUGAAGUGCAAAUGCAAGAGGAAAGUGCUGUUGUAACUAAGGAACCUAAAGAACAUAUUGAAGAAGUCCCUACUUUGAAUAAAGUAGAAAAUGUUGAGAAUGAUGCUCAGGAAAGUGAAAGGGUUCUGGAUUCUUCAAAACAUAAAGAAGGCUGCGGCAAUGACCAAGCACAAAAACCAACAACGGAAGGAGCAGAGACCAAUGUAUUGAUAGCUAAACAAGAAACUACUGAAUUACAGAAGGAAAACAAGUCUACGAACAGUGACAACAUUGACUUGAAAGCCACAUCUCCAUCCUCUGCACAAGAAGAAAAGAAAUCUGAAGAAGAAAAUAAAAAAGACCAAACGACUCCUAGUCAAGAAGAAGUUGUGGAACCGAAGGAAGAAGUUGUUACUACAGAUAUUCCAAAGUUGGAAAGCUCAGAGGCUACCAAAACAUCUGAUCCAGUUACAGCAGCCGCAGUGGAAGAACAGGUCUUAGCAGAGACUGUUAAAGCUAUCGAAGUAUCCACAGAUAACCUAAUGCCUUCAGAAGUUGCUGGUGUUGACACAAAAGCUGAAGACAAUGACACAUUGUCCAAAGUACUAGAGGUUGUAGCAGAGUCCGUCUCCCACAAAGCUGCAGCUAUCGUGGAUGCAGCAAUUGAAGCAGCUACAAAUUGUGUUGUUGUUAAUGCUACCAGCCAAGGUGACACACACGAAGAAACUACUGUAUCUAAAAAGGAAGAGCUAACAAAAGAAACUGACAUUGAAACAAUCACCAUUGAAUCAUGCAGUACAACUAUUGUUCAAAAUAUCAUUGAAACAGCAGUGGAAGCAGUAGUAAGCAGCAUUCAUAAAACUAAAACCGAUGGUGUUCAAGAACAAAAUCUGGAAAAUAAGCUAGAUUCACAACUUCAAGAAACUGUACCUGUGAGUGAGGCCAUCAAAUCAUGUGCACAGCCUGAAGAUAGUCAACAAGCAAACGAAGGAGUACAGAACGCAAAAAAAGAAAUAGAGUCCUCUGUCCCUGCUGAUACGCAAGAGGAAAAUAGACAAGUAACCACUCAGGCCUCAACGAUGAAUGACCAGGAAAAGGCACCGACUGUUGAAUCCUGAGACCUCAUUUUGUGCUUUGAAAAGAAUUGAAGAAACCGGAAUGUGAAAGCUGCUGAAGCUACCAAAGAGCUGGAAGCUGCAAUGUGAAGAAAGCCGACAACUCUAAAUUAUGAAUUCUGAAAAUGGAGCACGCCCUACUUCAUUGAUAAGAAUGAACUAUGUGACAAUCCUGAGGUCUCAUCGGGAGCUAUAACCAGAUUUGUCCCUUGCUCUUAAAUAUUUAAUGAUCUUUUCAAGGCUUUACUGUGUUCUUGUUUAGAGGCUAAAUAUUAGGAGGCAGAAUCCUAGGGAAUUCUAUUCCAAUUUGCCUUUUAAAGGUACCUGGCACCAAAGUCUUAUGUCUGGAUUAAGGCUGUAUGUUUAAAAUAUCUAAGUAUAUUGCCAGAGUUAUAGGUUUCCAGAAAACUGUCCAAAACUGGAGGGGGACAUCUUGUGUAUUUAUGUGUAUAUCUUCAUCCUGUUUUUCAUUUUAAUUAUUGUAUAUUUUUUUCCAAGUAUAUAUGAAUUAAAGGAGGAGAAAACAGCAAACUAACCUAGCAUACAAUGCCUUACAAGUGAAGCUACCUGCAUGUGAUCAAGACAUUACGUUAUAGCAGCAUUUCCUUAAAAGGUACCUCUCAUCAAAUAAACUUUUGAUAUAUUUUAGAUUAAUGAAUGUUGAAUAACUUUCCAAUAGCAUGUUAAUGAAAAAUAUGCUUCUUUCUAUUGUAUUUUUCCCGAUCAGUCCUGUCAGCAAGCAUUUCUGACUCAUGCUGGAGUCCUAAACAC